AACAAAGACAAGAAGAAGAAAAAAAAAAAAAAUCAUUUUUGAAUUUAAAAGAGGUCGACAGUAGACAGGACAACCUGGUUUGCUGUUUCCACGCGUUGUGUUUUUCUUCUUUGCUUCUUCUUUCACUCAUCUCAAUGAUUCUCAAUUAGAUAUCAAUUCAUCAUUCAUUUUUCUUCAAUCCCAAAAGGGAAGUUGCAUUGAAUUGGAUUGAUGAACAAUGCAGAGAUCGCGCAAAGCUCUUCAAGAAAGAAGAAGAGCUUUAGAGAUGGCUGCAAGUGGGAGAAACUGUCUUUAUAAAGUUUCUUUGUCUUUGGUUUUUGUUUUGUGGGGAUUUGUUUUUCUCUUCAGCUUAUGGAUCAGUUGUGGCAAUGGAUAUGGAGAUGAUUCUGGAGAAGUUCCAGUUGCAGUAUCAAACCAGCACAAAGAUGAGCGCAUGAAAUGUAAAAACUCCAAAUUGGAUGAUGAAUAUUUGACUGAAGGGGUUGAUGCAUACAUUCCUUCCGAGACUUUCUACUCCGAUGGUGCCAAAACCGAUGCUUUUAUUGGUGACUCAAUUUUCAGUGAAGAAGACAUAGUCAUAGAUGGUUUUGAACAUGGUGAUAGUGAAAAGUACAUUUCACUUAAGGAACAUGAAGUUGAAAGAUUUGAACAUGUUGCUCCAAGUGCUCCCCUGAACUCUCCAACAAAACAUGAAAACGUUGCGCAAAAAUUUGAUCAUUUAUCCGAGGCAGUACCAGUUGGUCUCGAUGAAUUCAAGAGUCGGGUGGUUACUAUGGAAAUUAAAUCGGCUACUAGUUCAUCCGGAAGUGUAAUACAUAGAGUAGAGCCAGGUGGUGUAGAAUACAAUUAUGCUUCAGCAUCAAAGGGUGCAAAAGUGUUAGCUUCUAACAAAGAAGCGAAAGGCGCUUCGAAUAUCUUAACCAGAAACAAAGACAAAUAUCUUCGGAAUCCUUGUUCUUCGGAAGAGAAAUUCGUCGUUAUAGAACUUUCGGAAGAGACAUUAGUAGAUACAAUAGAAUUAGCAAAUUUUGAGCACCAUUCUUCCAACUUAAAAGAUUUUGAAUUGCAUGGUAGUUUGGUCUAUCCGACCGAUGUUUUUUGGGACUUUCUUGGGAACUUUACUGCCUCAAAUGUGAAACAAGCUCAAAGGUUUGUUCUUCAGGAACCGAAAUGGGUUCGAUAUCUAAAACUGAAUCUUCAAAGCCACUAUGGAUCAGAAUUUUAUUGCACACUUAGCAUAGUUGAAGUUUAUGGCGUCGACGCUGUUGAAAGGAUGCUUGAAGAUUUGAUAUAUGCUCAAGUUAAUGGUGAAAAGAAGGUAGCAGUAGCAUCGUCGCAUUCUAACUCGUUCGAGGACAACAACGACAACAAUGAUGUAUGGAAAAUCAAUUCUGACACUACUUCAGAAAUCUCCUCUUCUGCAAACGAAGAAACAGUAAAUACAAAUGUUCAUGAUCCAACCGAAGAAACCCGCCAACAAAUUGGCAGGAUGCCGGGCGAUACAGUUCUCAAGAUUCUGAUGCAGAAAGUUCGUCAACUCGACUUGAACUUGUCGGUUUUGGAGCAGUAUUUGGAGGACUUAAAUUCAAGAUAUGUGAAAAUUUUCAAAGAGUACAACAAAGAGAUAGGAGAAAAUGAUAUAGUUCUACAGAAGAUCAAACAAGACAUUAGAAGUUUUCUGGACAGACAACAUAUUAUAAUGAGAGAUGUUAAUGAUCUUGGUUCUUGGAAGUCACAUUUUUCUGUGCAAUUAGAUCAUAUACAUAAGGACAAUGCUGUUUUGAGGUAUGAGGUUGAAAGGGUAUUGGAAAAUCAAGUAUCUUUAGAAAACAAGGGUAUAACAAUAUUUUGUGUGUGUGUUAUUUUUUCAUUCAUUGCUAUAUUAUGGCUAUCUCUGAAUAUGGUUAUGAGCAUAUAUAGAGUACUAAGUUUUACUACAGAAAAUAAAUCUAGGAAAUUUUGUCAAGGUAGUUCUUCCUGGUUUAUUUUAUUAUUGAGUUGUAACAUUAUUAUUUUCAUAUUAAAUUCAUAAUAAAAAUAUAUUUAGUUUAAGUGAAGAUUUUA